AUGAUAUUGGCUACACUUGAUUCAAAAUCAAUUGGAAUACCACUACCAUCAGAUACAUUAAAAAGAAAAGAUCAAUUAUUCCAAAAUUGGUAUGAUUGUUCAAGAUUAGUUAUGCCUCUUGUUCAACUAUUCAAAGCUCCUAAUAUCGUUGAAACAGAUGAAUAUAGAAUAGCAAUAGAUAUACUCUAUCUCAUUUAUCCAAAUGUCCCCAAGAAACUUGUUUCAAGAUCCAUUCACCAAUUAUUCAAAUAUACAAUCAACUUGGACCAAGACGAGGAUCAGGUUUUCAAUCUCACAGAUUUGAAGAAAGUGAUUCGAUUUUCAAGAGAUGUCAUCCCAGUCUAUCUUUCACACUUUCUAAAGUAUAUUUAUGUUAAAUUGGACAUUGACAAAGAUCAAGAUAUUGAUGAUGAAUAUGAAGAAGAUGAAGAAGAAGAAGAGGAAGUAGUAGAAGAUGAAGGUCAAUUGGAAAUUACAAACAAUCUUUUAUUGCUAAACGAGAUUGUCAAAGUAGUCUCGUUGUCGAAUAUUUAUCCCUAUGCCUUUUGUUGGCCAAAUCUCUUACCAAAUACCAAGACCGCCGGACAUCAUCAUUAA